GGAACUGGAGCCACACAGAGCGCGCGCAGAGGGAUCUCAGAGGGCGCAGGGUUUGUUUCUGUCCACCGAACGGCUCGUCUAGGUUGUCCAACAUGCCGGUUUUCCACACGAAGACGAUAGAGAGCAUUCUGGAGCCCGUGGCCCAGCAGAUCUCGCACUUGGUCAUCAUGCAUGAAGAAGGGGAGGUGGAUGGGAAGGCGAUCCCAGACCUGUGCGCUCCCGUAGCCGCCGUGCAAGCAGCGGUCAGCAACCUGGUCAGGGUGGGGAAGGAGACAGUUCAGACCACAGAGGAUGCCAUCAUGAAGAGAGACAUGCCUCCAGCAUUCAUAAAAGUGGAGAAUGCCUGUACUAAGCUGGUUCAGGCUGCUCAGAUGCUGAAGGCUGACCCUUACGCCGUCCCAGCCAGAGAUUACCUCAUCGAUGGCUCCCGUGGAAUCCUCUCAGGAACGUCUGACCUGCUGCUGACCUUCGACGAGGCCGAGGUGCGUAAAAUCAUCCGUGUGUGUAAAGGCAUUCUGGAGUACCUGACCGUCGCUGAGGUGGUGGAGUCCAUGGAGGAUCUGAUCACGUACACCAAAAACCUGGGGCCAGGGAUGACGAAGAUGGCGAAGAUGAUUGACGAGCGUCAGCAGGAGCUGACCCAUCAGGAGCAUCGAGUCAUGCUGGUUAACUCCAUGAACACAGUGAAGGAGCUUCUGCCCAUCCUCAUCUCAGGCAUAAAGAUCUUCGUGACGACGAAGACGGCUCAGAGUCAGGGAGUGGACGAGGCUCUGAAGAACAGGAACUUCACCGUGGAGAAGAUGAGCGCCGAGAUUAACGAGAUCAUCAGAGUCCUGCAGCUGACGUCCUGGGACGAGGACGCCUGGGCCAGCAAGGACACCGAGACUAUGAAGAGAGCUCUGGCACUCAUCGACUCCAAAAUGGCUCAGGCAAAGAACUGGCUCAAAGACCCCAGCGCUCAGCCAGGUGAGGCUGGUGAACAGGCUAUUCGUCAGAUUCUGGAUGAAGCGGGUAAAGUGGGCGAGCUGUGUGCGGGUAAAGAGAGGAGAGAGAUUCUGGACACGGCCAAAACGCUCGGACAGAUCACUGACCAGGUCUCAGACCUGCGCGCCAGGGGUUCAGGUACGAGUCCAGUGGCGAUUCAGAAAGCCCAGCAGGUGUCUCAGGGUUUGGACAUGUUGUCGGGGAAAGUGGGGAACGCAGCACGGAAACUGGAGGCCAUGACCAACUCCAAACAGGCACUGGCCAAAAGAGCAGAAGCUGCUCAGGGCUGGCUGGCAGACCCGACUGCGAGUCCAGAGGGUGAGGAGCAUGUGAAGGCGGUUGUGGCUGAAGCCAGGAAGAUUGCUGAUAUGUGCGAGGACCCGCGAGAGAGAGACGACAUCCUGCGCAGUCUGGGAGAGAUUACGGCACUGACCGGAAAGCUGACCCAGCUCAGGAAAGCGGGUAAAGGUGACACUCCUGAGGCUCGCGCUUUGGCUAAGCAGAUUUCUACAGCUCUGCAGAACCUGCAGUCUAAAACCAACCGCGCUGUGGCUAACAGCCGGCCGGCUAAAGCUGCGGUGCACCUGGAGGGGAAGAUGGAGCAGGCUCAGCGCUGGAUGGACAACCCCAGCAUGGAGGACGGAGGAGUGGGUCAGGCUGCGAUCCGUGGGCUGGUUGCCGAGGGGCGUCGCCUCGCCAACGUGUUGCCGGGGAACCAGCGUGCGGAUCUGUUGGGGAAGUGCGAGCAGGUGGAGCAGAUGAUGGCUCAGCUGGCUGAACUGGCGGCCCGCGGAGAGGGUGAAACGCCGCAGGCCCGCACGCUCGCCAAGCAGCUACAGGAGGCCCUCAAAGAUCUGAAGGGUAAGAUGCAGGAGGCCAUGACGCAGGGGGUCUCGGACAUCUUCAGCGAUACGACCACUCCCAUCAAACUGCUGGCCGUGGCCGCUACCGCUCCACUCGGCACUCCAAACAGAGAGGAGGUGUUUGAGGAACGCGCAGCGAGCUUUGAGAACCACGCUGGACGUUUGGGGGCGACGGCAGAGAAAGCGGCCGCUGUGGGAACGGCCAAUCGCAGCACAGUGGAGGGAAUCCACGCUGCGGUCAAAUCCGCACGAGACCUGACGCCACAGGUCGUGUCUGCCGCUCGAAUCCUCCUGAAGAACCCUGGAAACCAGGCGGCUCAUGAGCACUUUGAGACCAUGAAGAACCAGUGGAUCGACAAUGUGGAGAAGAUGACAGCUCUGGUGGACGAAGCGAUAGACACUAAGUCCCUGUUGGACGCAUCUGAGGAGGCCAUUAAAAACGACCUGGAGAAGUGUCAGAUGGCCAUGGCCAAUCACCAGCCUCAGAUGCUGGUUGCUGGGGCAACCAGCAUCGCCCGGCGGGCCAAUCGGAUCAUGCUGGUGGCGAAGCGUGAAGUGGAAAACUCUGAAGACCCCAAGUUCCGCGAGACGGUGAAGGCUGCGUCCGACGAGCUCAGCAGUACCAUCUCCCCAAUGGUGAUGGGGGCCAAGGCCGUCGCCGGCAACAUACAGGACCCGACUCUCCAGAAAGGUUUUAUGGAUUCUGGCUACAGGAUUCUAGGCGCAGUAGCUAAAGUUAGAGAGGCCUUCCAGCCACAGGAGCCGGACUUCCCACCACCCCCUCCUGACCUCGAGCAGCUGCAUCUGAAUGAUGAUGCUGCCCCCCCAAAACCCCCCUUGCCAGAGGGUGAGGUGCCUCCCCCAAGGCCUCCCCCUCCUGAGGACAAGGACGAGGAGUUCCCAGAGCAGAGAGCUGGAGAGAUGGUCAGUGAACCCAUGAUGGUGGCCGCCCGGCAGCUCCACGAUGAGGCUCGCAAGUGGUCCAGCAAGGGUAAUGACAUCAUCGGUGCUGCUAAGCGCAUGGCUCUUCUGAUGGCUGAGAUGUCUCGACUGGUGCGAGGCGGCAGUGGGAACAAGCGUGCGCUGAUCCAGUGCGCUAAGGACAUCGCUAAAGCCUCGGACGAGGUUACCCGCCUGGCCAAGGAGGUCGCCAAGCAGUGCACGGACAAACGCAUCAGAACCAACCUGCUGCAGGUGUGUGAGCGUAUCCCCACCAUCAGCACUCAGCUGAAGAUCCUCUCCACAGUGAAGGCCACCAUGUUGGGACGCACCAACAUCAGCGAGGAGGAAUCUGAGCAGGCGACGGAGAUGCUGGUCCACAACGCUCAGAACCUGAUGCAGUCGGUGAAGGAGACGGUGAGGGAGGCUGAGGCGGCUUCCAUCAAAAUCCGCACAGACGCCGGAUUCACGCUGCGCUGGGUCCGGAAAACACCCUGGUACCAGUGAGGAGGCGUUCAGCACGGAGCGCGCACCGCCAGCCCACCGCUUCACUCCGCACCAGCUCCUGCAAUAUAACACACACUCGCACCCUCAGGUCCAGCCGCCGUGUCCCCUUAUCCCAAACUCUACACCUGUAUCUGCUGCUCUUCCACGCCUCCGCUACGGAAUGUAAGAUAAGGGACGGCCCGUUCACUUUAACAGCUAUUAUUGCUAUUUUCUGAUGCAAAAUUCCUUUUAUAAUUUGUAAAAAAAAACAAAGAAUUUUGUUUUUGAGAGAUUCCCAAGUUAUAUUUUAUAUUUAAAUCUGGUGAAGAUAAUUAUUUUCGUGUUUUGGGUGCACAAAAAGGACUUUUUUUCAAAUUUUCCUAAGUAACACUUUGCAAUAAUGCAUGUAUUUCAUCCUUCACGCAUUGCAUAAUAUCUAAAAUCAUCCAUUAAGGUUUGCGAUGCUCACACACUCUGAUUUAUGACGUUUUGUCAAUCUCUGCCAAAGAUUCGUCGUCGAGUUUGUUACGUUCCAGUUUGUUUUCGUGUUUGUUCAUCAAAAGGGAAUCAGCGUUGAAGAUUAAAUGAGUGAGGAUUUUUCUUCCAAAACAUUUUUCCAGUUUUGAAAAAUUCUUUGUGCAUCUUUGCAGGAUAAGGUGCUACAUUUACCUCCAUAGGCACAGGGUUUAGACUUGAACCUAGGUUUUAGUUCAUGCUCAGUAAGCAUAAAAGCUGCAUAGUGACACCCCUGGGUUAUUUCAUGGGUAUUAUAUAUUAUACUCAAAUAUUUUGGCAUAAAAUUCCCACAUAAUUUGCCCUCUGCCUGAAAGAAAGUGGAAAGUGAUGAGAAACGCAUCACCACCCACAACAUUCAGCAGAAAAAUAGUCCCAGAAAAGGUGUGAGAUGGCAUGUGUUAAAUUCUUUCGCGAGAUGAUGCGACACUGCAUUAUAGGUGUAUAAUUUCCCAAAAAAUGAAUAAAUAAAUAAAAAAUUCGCUCUAUGGUGGUAUUUUUAGUGCCCUAUCUUACUUAAGACACACAAAAAAGCACCAAAGUUGUUCUGGAGGCCUCGUAUUAGAAUUCCUUUGAGCUGUUCGCAGCGUAUGAGUUUGGUUGGUGUUAUGGGAUCAGAUUUGGUGGGUUUUUUCUUCCUCCUGUAACUGGUAUUGCUGUUGUGACGUCGAAGACGUUGUUGUUGGAUUGUUUUGUAUGUCAAUCAGAACUAAAACACAUACUAACUGAUCUGUUGACCUUUGACCAGGUGCCUAAAACUUUGUAUUCAUCAUGAACGAAGACACACCCUAAUUAAAUAAACUCACACAUAUACACACACAUACAUACAUGCACAGCCUUUACCGUCCUGUUAUUUCAAAUAGACUCCCACUGUGCUGAAAUACACUAACGAACACACUCGUAUUUAUAAGAGUGCUUUAGGGUUUUUUACUCUCUUUCCAUUUUCUAAUGUUGACCAGACAGAAGUUUGAAUGUAAAUAUCAGUAAACCCUGUUAUGACUUGCUCAUGUAUUAUGUGCCUUAUUAAAGCAUCUAGUCAUCAACAAAA